CGUUUCCUUGUUCUCUCUCACUGGCGAAGUUCGGACUAGUUGAAAAAAUUAAAAUUUUAUAUCAGUUUUAAUAUUAAACUCAAUUGAAUAAAAUGCCAAGUGCUUUGUUGGAGGAUCUAAUUUUUGAAUUAGAAGGUCCAGAGACAUGGCCUCAAACAAUUACUUUAUAUCAACCAUACGAGGUUGAACAAAUAUUGUUACCCGAUAGUGCAAAUUGUUUAGCUGUACAAGCUUUCCUUAAAAUGUGCGAUCUUAACUUUCAAAUAGAGCUGAAAAGUAAUGCGGAAUAUAUGUCACCAUCUGGCCGAGUGCCAUUUAUUAAAUGCGGAGCAUUUUUAAUAUCUGAAUUUGACAAUAUUGUGUCAUUCAUAGGAAGCAAAGGCAUAAGUUUAUCAGAUGAUUUACCUGUAAAUUGCAAAGCAGACAUGAGAGCUUAUAUAUCGUUAGUGAAUAAUGUAUUUGUAAAUGCUGAAUUAUAUAUUACUUGGAUCGACGAAGUAACUUUAAACGAGGUAACUAAGCCAAGACAUGGGAGUGUAUAUCCUUGGCCCUUGAAUCACUAUUUAAACUGGCAGAAAAGAAAAGAAGUCAUAAAGAAACUCAAUGUACUUGGAUGGUAUAAUAGGACUUUAGAGGAAGUAUGUACAGAUGUAAAAAAUUGUUGCACAGCAUUAUCCGAUAGACUGGAGGGUAAUACAUAUUUCUCUGGAGAAAAAAUACCAAAUGAAUUGGAUGCCUUAGUCUUUGGACAUAUUUUCACAAUAAUUACAACACCUCUACCUGGUAACAAACUGGCGAAUAUUGUCCAGAGCUAUCAACUGCUUGUGAAUCUCUGCAAACGCAUUGAGACUAGCAUUUUUUCUCCUCAAGCGAUCAUGUAAAGUAGCGAAACGUUAGAGGCGAGAAGUAAGUAACACGACUUUGAAGAUUUCCAAACGUAGGUAUGUUCUUGGAAAACAGCAAGAAUACAUAAUCGAUAAAAGGUAUCUGUAAACUUGACAUUUCACAGAAUGGCUUCUUGUCGGAAGUAAUCGUAAAUGAUUGUUAAAUGAUUAUUGUCCAUUUUUUAAAAGAUUAUUUUAAACAUAGUUAUUAUAUACAUUUAUUUCUGAUUUAACUGAAUCGUACUGAAAAAUCAUGUACAAUAAUAAUCAUUCUGAUGUUAAGUAUAUUUAUAUGGGUAUUAAUCGACAAUAAGUAAUUUUUCAAUCAUAGACAUUGUGUAUAUAUUUAACAUAGUUAACGAUGAUAUAUAUUUAUCUCUACAUAUGUAUGUUUCUAUUAAUGUGCAUCAAUUUUCAAUGCACAUUUAUUUUAUACAGAAUACUUUGACAUUAUAUAAUAAAGUUUUACUAUGUCUCUAGUCAGUUUUUAUAUAGAUUCUUGUGUUCUAUCUAAUUGUAAUGUACGCUUAGAAAUUGUAUUUAAAAUAACAUAAUGGUGUAUUAUGGUGUAAUACAAUAAUGUCCAAUUUAAGUUAAAUAUAAGUUGUUGGAGUAAUGUU